AUGUUGACGAGUACCGUAAGCCCGUUACUGAAGAUCGGUCUCAGUGUGAUCGGGUUGUGGCCCGGUUCCUCGAACGGGACGUUCUACUGGCUCUUUUACAUGACGACCCUCAUAAUAAUGCAGUACUUUCAAUACUCGUACGUCUAUGAGCAUCUAGACUUCAACAAUCUGACCAAAACUAAUGGACGGUCUGGGUCUCACGUUGGAUUACAGCUUGACGAUCCUGAAGCUGAUCAGUCUCUGCUCGAGGGAGUUCUAUCAUUCCAUGAGAUUCUCGAGAGAUCGAAUUGUAGAAUAUUCGUGGACAUUCUGGUGGCGAUGGACGACGAUUGGAAAAAUCGCGUGACCGAUUUGCACGAGUGCGUGAUGACGGACAAGGCUAAUCUGGCACAUCGUUGCUCCAGCGCCAUAAUAUCCGUCAAUGCCAUAGCCACCGUUCUUUACUUCAUCGAUAGCCAGGUACGUCGCCGGAAAGUUUCCGCGGACGGACAUCGGGAGUUUCCGAUUCAGGUACUGUUUCCAUUCGAGACCCACGAGACGCCGAUUUACGAGUUCCUCCUUCUGGGACUGUUCUUUCAUGUGUUAGAAACGGCGACCGUGGUCGCGAUACUGAACUCUUUGAUUUUAACGCUGGUGCUUCACGUAAGCGGGCAAAUCGAUAUCAUGUGUCAAGAGUUGAAAGAGAUUCCUUCCACAUUCAAAUCUAAGGUAUUCUCCACCAAAUCUCUCAUCGAGAGACACCAGAAGAUUAUAGCAUUGUCUAAUAAUAUCGAGAAUUACUUCUCGUUCAUUGCUCUGAUACAAUUUAUAUGGAACAGUUUUGUCAUUUGCGCUAUAGGAUUUAUGGUCGUGAUAUAA